GGUCAAAGUUCAAAGUGAGGAGGAGCAGCAGCGGGAGGAGGAAAACGCGGCAUAGAUUAAUACGACGGGGGAAAAGAUGGCGUCCACGGCGGCUGGGAAGCAGCGAAUUCCCAAAGUGGCAAAGGUGAAAAAUAAAGCUCCAGCAGAAGUACAGAUAACAGCAGAACAACUGUUAAGAGAAGCAAAGGAAAGAGAACUCGAGCUUCUUCCCCCACCUCCUCAACAGAAAAUCACAGAUGAAGAGGAGCUAAAUGAUUACAAGCUUCGGAAAAGAAAGACUUUUGAAGAUAACAUCAGGAAAAACAGGACUGUUAUCAGUAAUUGGAUCAAAUACGCACAAUGGGAAGAAAGCCUCAAAGAAGUACAAAGGGCUCGUUCCAUCUACGAGCGGGCUCUAGAUGUGGACUACCGAAAUGUAACUCUUUGGCUGAAAUAUGCCGAAAUGGAAAUGAAGAAUCGCCAGGUUAAUCAUGCACGAAAUAUCUGGGAUCGGGCUAUCACUAUUUUACCAAGAGUUAAUCAGUUCUGGUACAAGUAUACUUAUAUGGAAGAGAUGCUGGGGAAUGUUGCAGGAGCCCGCCAAGCGUUUGAGCGUUGGAUGGAAUGGCAGCCAGAGGAACAGUCAUGGCAUUCCUAUAUUAACUUUGAACUAAGAUAUAAGGAAGUGGAUAGAGCACGUUCCAUUUAUGAAAGAUUUGUCAUGGUCCAUCCCGAUGUUAAGAACUGGAUCAAAUAUGCUCGUUUUGAAGAAAAACAUAGUUAUUUUGCACAUGCAAGAAAAGUAUUUGAAAGAGCUGUGGAGUUCUUUGGAGAAGAACAUAUGAAUGAACAUUUGUAUGUUGCAUUUGCCAAAUUUGAAGAGAACCAAAAAGAGUUUGAACGGGUGCGAGUAAUAUACAAAUAUGCCCUGGACAGAAUUCCAAAACAUGAAGCACAAGAGCUCUUCAAAAAUUACACAAUUUUUGAAAAGAAAUUUGGGGACCGAAGGGGAAUUGAGGAUAUUAUUGUUAGCAAGAGGAGAUUCCAAUAUGAAGAAGAAGUAAAAGCUAAUCCACAUAAUUAUGAUGCUUGGUUUGAUUAUCUGCGUCUGGUGGAAAGUGAUGCGGAUUCUGAUACAAUACGUGAAGUUUAUGAAAGAGCCAUUGCCAAUGUUCCUCCAAUUCAAGAAAAGCGACACUGGAAGAGAUAUAUCUAUCUGUGGAUCAAUUAUGCACUCUAUGAAGAGCUAGAGGCAAAGGAUCCAGAGAGAACAAGACAGGUGUAUCAAGCAUGUAUUGAACUCAUUCCUCACAAAAAGUUUACAUUUGCCAAAAUAUGGUUGCUCUGUGCACAGUUUGAAAUCAGGCAGAAGAAUCUCAGUCUUGCCAGGCGAGCAUUGGGGACAUCUAUAGGUAAAUGUCCAAAGAACAAGCUAUUUAAAGGCUACAUUGAACUGGAGCUACAACUGCGAGAGUUUGAUCGUUGUCGGAAACUCUAUGAGAAGUUUUUAGAGUUUACACCUGAAAACUGCACAUCAUGGAUCAAAUUUGCUGAAUUAGAAACUAUUCUUGGUGAUAUUGACCGAGCCAGAGCUAUAUAUGAACUAGCUAUUGGCCAGCCUCGAUUGGAUAUGCCAGAGGUACUUUGGAAAUCUUACAUAGACUUCGAAAUUGAACAAGAAGAAUAUGAGAAUACAAGAAAUUUGUACAGGAGGUUGCUUCAGCGAACACAGCAUGUUAAGGUAUGGAUCAGUUUUGCUCAAUUUGAACUCUCAGCAGAUAAAAAGAACAAUUUACCACGAUGCCGGCAGAUAUAUGAAGAGGCAAAUAAAACAAUGAGAAAUUGUGAGGAGAAAGAAGAGAGACUUAUGCUCUUGGAAUCUUGGAAAAAUUUUGAAGAGGAGUUUGGAACAGAAUCCAGCAGAGAACGAGUAGACAAACUCAUGCCUGAAAAAGUCAAGAAGCGGAGAAAACUUCAGGCUGAAGAUGGGUCUGAUGCCGGCUGGGAAGAAUAUUAUGAUUAUAUCUUCCCAGAAGAUGCUGCCAAUCAACCCAACCUCAAACUGCUUGCAAUGGCUAAACUCUGGAAGAAGCAGCAACAGGAUGAAAAUCCAGAGAGAGAUCCAGACAAGGAUAUUGAUGAAAGCAGUCCCUAACAAUAUCUUUGAUUUCUUCUCCUUUAUAUUGUACAGGUUUUGCUAAUAAACUAUUUUACAAAAAAAAUUGCUAAUGCUUGAGGUGAAAGAGGCAUGUUUUAAACAUAAGCAUUUAAAGACUAAUGUAUAUAGCUGUGAUUUACUCAUAAUAUUGUAGAGCAGAAAAAUCAGCAACAAGGAGUAACUGCCCUUUGAAGAAAGAUAAGACAGGUCUCAUGAUCUUUAGCUUAGAAGAAAGACAAAUGAAACGACAUUAUGUACAUAAAAUUGAUAGAGUGAACAAAGAUUUUUUUCCCAUUCUCAUUACUAGAAUCUGGGAUCAUUCACUGAAUAGCUGGAGGUUUGAGGCCAAACAAUUAUUAUUAUUAUUAUUAUUAUUAUUAUUAUUAUUAUUAUUAUUAUUAUUAUUAUUCAAAUUUCUAUACCGCCCUUCUCCUUUCGGACUCAGGGCGGUGAACAGCCAAGAUAAAAACAUCUAUACAUAACAUCACAGUUAAAAAUAAAGUUAAAAUAAUUUAUAAAUUUGGCCCAUAAUUUAAAACUUGUCAAUUAAAAUCAAUAUUAAAAUUUUAAAACUAACCCUAAAAUCAAGACAGACCGGCUCUCAGCAUAUCUCAAAAUCUUGUAAUUUUACAAGAUUAUAUUCCGUCUCAAAAUUCAAACAUUGUAAGGGACGUGAUCAGGUAAUUUUAAUUGCAGCACAGUGCAAAUCAAAUAAGCUGUUGCCACUAUUAACUUCAAAGGAUGAGGGAAUAAGAUGUUCAGAGUCUAUCAGAGAUUUUAGAAACUGGCUAAGGGUAGCUUAUAAAGAAUAGCACAUCUGAGGUCAGCUUAUCACAGAAGCAAGUACAAAAGACAGCUUUUGUCCAAGAAAUUCAUGAUCUUCAGCCAAGCACUGCUGAUCUUCAGCCAAGUACUUUCUUGGAAAUGUGCUUGUUUACCUACUUCAAAUAACCUACUUCUGAGUAGAGUAGUUUUUCUAAGGUGUUCUGACAGCUAUCUGGUACUUCUUUAGUCUCUCCACUUCCAUUUUUAGCUUGGAGGCAGCAGUGCUCUUAUGGAUCUGCUGGCUAUGCUUCCCUUUCACAGUCAGAAGAAACUGAUUCAGACAAGACCUUUGGGCCCUUAAAAUUAGUCAAGCUCUUGUUUCUGUUCCUCUACUGCUUCCUUGCAAAAGAAGCCUUCUGAGGAAGCCAUUAUGUCAUUCUUUGCUCCCUGUUCCAACACUCCAGGAUGUUCCUAAUGCACAUCUUCCCUCAUGGGCAUUCAAGAGGCAGUAAAUAAAAAAUGUAGCUCAUAAUAUUGUGAUACAAAUUCUGCCCUUGUGUACUUGUAUUCUUGGGCAAGUACGAAAGUGUGAAGCUUGUGUCAUGUUUAUUUGGAACUGAGGCUGGCUGUUGAUUGGUAUGUUAUUUGACUUUUUGGGGAUAGAUGACAAUUUCCAUUUUAUUAAGAAUAAUUAUGGGGCCAAAAAGCAUUCUUGUAAAUAAAAAUGAUGUUAAAUAUUG